AUGGCCGCCAUACUCUCUGCGCCAACGGCCAGCGCGCUGCCUGACCUGCCGUUGGAGCAUCUCAGUCUUUACCACACCACCGACCCUUACCUGUCCUCCAUAUUUGUGUUUUACGGACCGGUUGCGACUGCCAAUGCAACCGUGAGUAGCUCACGCAUACAAGCGCACAUAUUUACACCGGCAGGAUUUGAAAGUUAUCCUCGAAUCACAAUCUCUCCCGCUGCGCCGCUGUACGCGGCUGUCAAUCAUCUCCCUCGAGAGAGACAAGGCGACGCGGUUUGUCGUGCACUGGCCGUAAGCAUGUUGAAAUACUUUGCAGGAUUAUCAGAACCUCUAAAGAGGCGUCUGACUGACACCUCGCAACCGGUGCGUCAAGGUGGGAGGGCGCCGAAGCUGUUUGAUGAAGCGCAUGCUGCAGAUCUGGCCAAUCGAAUGGCUAAGAUCGAGGAGUCUGCGGAUAUCAUUCGCGAUAUUCGAACGGCCUAUCAAGAACGCAAAGUUCCUUGGACAGAUAUCGAUGUUGUUAUGCCUUCAGGAACGAUACAACCGCCGCAAAGGCGUGAGAGUGCGGGGCCGGAGCUAGAUGAUGGUCAAGAGAUCCAGUAUGGGGUCUAUACACCUCUUGUGCAAGCUCUGGGGGAACCUAUGUUUCUGCCAACAUCACGCCUGAAACGCGCACCGUCACAACCAACGAAUGUCAGCAAAUCUAGGAUGUUCAAUCGCAGUCAGAAAGAGGCUCUUCGACUGACGAUGUGUGAGCUUGUCGAUACCGAGGAGCGGUAUGUCGCUAAAAUCUAUUCUCUUGUUCAUGAAGUUGCAGAUGAGUUUCGACAAAAAGCCCAGGGCAAGGGCCCGUCGAGCACUAGCCCUGAUGAGGCUGCGUUAGAAGCUCUGUUUCCUCCUUGCCUGAACGAGAUAUUGGAAGUCAACCUCGGAUUUCUACACGUAAUCCAGCGAGUUCUCGAUGAGACAGAGAGAGAAGCAAUCGAAGACAUUAGUCAAGACACUGAAUUACCUCCUGGCUCGCACCGGGGCGCUUCACGUACGAAUCAAGAUGCACUCGGUGCUGUUGCAUUUGCUAGAGCACUGCUUGAUUGGCUCCCACAAUUCUCGAAACCUUAUGCCGCUUACAUGCGGGCACAUACGGGGUUCACACAAACAUUGAAUUCGUUCAUGAAAGACAGGAAUUCAAGUUUCUCGAAACGAGUCUACGAGACGGGUGAACAGCGACUGCGGUCUUUGCUGAUGGAGCCAGUCCAGCGUCUCCCUCGGUACAGCCUUUUGAUUGAUACUAUGACGGGUAGCUUACCACUGGUUCAUCCUGCAGUGCGCCCCUUGUUGAGGGCUCGAGAUAUUGUGAAGGACAUUUGUGCGCUGGAUAAUUCUUCUCCAUCCGGCCAUGCCCAAAGCCUUCAACGUCUCAGAGAACUUGUGGAUUAUUGGCCCACGGAUUUGUUUCCGGAGGGACGUUUGAUUACAGCAGUCGAUGUCAAUGAGAUCGGACCUCCUUAUCAAUCACAGUCGCCACUAACAGGCUUAGGAAGUGCUGGCAUCUUGCUUCUCUACAAGAACUGCCUUGUACUCCUCGGGAAGCCUACUGAGAGCCGAGCCAGCGCACGUGGAGUACUUGCUGAUAUCGAGAAUGCAGCAUCGCCGACCAACGAUACAUCAAUGGCCCUCCCAGCCUCCGAACUUACAGUGGCACAUGUCUUCGAACUUCAUAAAGUACGAUGUAUGCAGUCGGCAUGUGGGCGGAUACUUUUUCUAUUACCAGCUUUCUUCAAAGAACAUCCCGCUCCUGCGGAUGGCGAUGCGAGCCUUCUUGCUUUGGAGCUUACUUCGAUGUAUGAGGGGCGAGCUAGCCGCCUUAUUGAAGAGAUCACAAAAGCAAAGAUUGAAGGUCGGUUCGAUGAGAAAGAGCGCGAAGGGGGCAAAUGGACCUUACGAAGUCCUCCUGGAACGGCCGGGAAUACCAACAUUCUGGCCUGUGUAUGCGAAGAUGGGCAGAGUGCUGCUCUUGGCAAACCUCAGUCUUCACCGAUCCGAAUUGUUUUUGGGACGUCCAGGGCGAAAUCUGUACAGAUGCUGCAGAAUAGUAGCAUAGAGGUAGUCGUGUCAGUGUCCGCGCCUGCUGGAGAUCAAUUUCGAAUCGAUGUGGAUUCUGUGAUUGGUGCUCCUUCAACUGAUGUGGUUGGACCCGAUACCUUCGUACCUACGCUUUCCAGACGAAUCCAGGGCCUACUUUCGCCUCUUCACAGUGCCCAUAACCCAAAAGUGAUGACACCACUCAUCCAUUCGAAUCUUGAGAUCCUUCGAUAUCUAACAAGCAAUUUAAUGACGCAUGUCAAGACUUCACGCAGCUUUCGACCACCGUCUCCAAGCAAAUUAAUAUCAAAUCUCUUGGGAGGUAGCCGCGAGAAUGUCCCAACAGUCAAACAACCAGGGUCAGGGAACCUGUUAGCCGACUUUCCGAAAAUGCCACCUCCAAGAGGAAAUCUCUCCAGGUCUAACACAUUGCCAUCUUCGUUUCCAACAAAAGACAAAGACAAGGAGAAGGAAAGGGGAAAAGAAAAGAUCGAACAGUCGACCAAAAUCUCCGUGGUCGGAAACACUGCUUCUCGGGGCCAGGAAAGUCAGCUCGGACUCCUGGAACAAACAUUCGCAGCAUAUGUUCUUUCACUGCAGUCUCGCAGCGGGAAUAUUCUUGGACGGAUGCUUCGAGCAAGAGAGAACGUCGACCGCGCCCCAGUCAAUGAACUUUACAAUAUCUUGCUGGAAGACCCAAGUAAGUUGCAAACCGCUGCAGAGGUUCCAGUUGAUACAUUGUUUGUUGCCUUUGAGACUUUCAUGAAGAAUGCAUGGAGAAGCAGCAUGGGCUCAGUGUUGGACAACACUACAUUGCGAACACUUCAAGGCCAAUUUGAUACCAUGUCCCCUCGUGAGUUUGAGGAUCAAUUCAAGAAGUUCUUGACAGAACUCAGCCCGCAGAAUCGCAGAGCAUUAGCUGCAGUCAUCAAGCUGCUCGCCGAACUUCUUGAUGCCUCUGGAAAUGAUGGAGACCGCGGUGCUCUGACCAUGGCGUUUGCGGAAGUUCUUACGGAGGAUGGCGAUCCUGUUCAUCACGUCUCGCUACUGGACAGACUCGUGGAUGAUUUUGAUAGCUUUUUCGAGGAGUUCAUACCCAGUGGCUCAUCCGUCGAGGGCACAUUGACGUGUGACUUGACGAAGACGUCACACACGAACAGUGGUUCAGUGAGCUCUAAUAGCUCUUCAUUCCGAAAGCGCUUCGGCUUUGGUUCCAACAAAGAUAACAAAGUCCGGCUGAUCCAGAGCCGAACACUCCGCGAGGAAGCCUGUUGCGUUCUAAAUCGACUGAUGUGGAAGCCCGUCUCAGGGAUCACUCGACCCACGUCGCGCGAUCGACCUUUCGGCUACGCAUCAGAAGAGCAAAUAUCUAGACCCGGCACCGGUCAUGGACAGCAGCCCUCAACCUUGUCUGGCAUUCAAGGCAUCGGCCAGGAUGGUGUGAUUAGACCUCGACGAAAGAGAAGAAGCUCUUUGUCAGACCUGCGACCCCAGACUGCUUCCUCAGAGGUCUCGCAGCUCUCUCCAGCCCCUCCACUUCGACCUGUAACGCCAGUCAGUCGGCCGCGCAGUGAGAUUCCGACUCCAACCAGUCAGUCGAGACCUCGAAGCGGCUAUUUCGCAAUGUCCCCUUCAAGAGGCACAUCCCCAUCGAAAGCAGCGUCCCCUUCCCGUCUUGGUUCCCCCAUUCGAAGGAUGUCCCCUCCACCUCGUCCUUCUACGCCUAGUAGAAAAGAAAAUAUAGACCCUAAAGUGCCUCAGCCAGAGGGGCCGAGCAAAGCCCAGAAUGACAUUCCAGAUUCACCAACUCAGGAAUCGAAAAGACGAUCCCGAGCAACUAGCAUUCCUCAAAAGACAGGGGGGCUCCGAGAGAGAUCAGCAGUCAAUACGGACGGUCAACGACCACAGUCUUCAUCAUCUUCUCAGAGGACCCCUCGGCCGCGAAUGCAAAGUCCACAAAAGCUCCGGGACCGCCUCCAGACUGAGAAAAGAUACCAAGCGACAAGCCAACUUGGUGUACGAGACGAAAUUGCUGCUUUGGGUGACGAAUUGCAGCGUGCUCUGAGACUUACGCCCUCAAAUCUGCGAAGCAUGGAGCCGGGUGCACAAAAUGAUACUGCCUUCAACCAGGAAAGCGCCCUCGAAGGCCGCUUCCGGAGACUCGAAGAGCGUUUCGAUCAACUAGUCGGAGAGUACAAUGGGCGCACCUCUGCACUCGAGCGGGACUUAGAAUCAUCCUUAGUAUUCAGCGAAAAGCGAGUGAAGAAGCUUGACGAACUUUAUCGCGAGGCAAGUGCUGAAAAUGAAGCACUAUAUGAUCGAUUCAAUUCCGAACUCAGCAGCAUCGCCAAAGAUGCUCGAGCUGGGAGCUCAGAGGAAGCCAUGAAGUCACAGCUGAGCACCGCUUUGGAAGAGAUCAGCCGUCUCAAGAAAGAAAACUUCCGACUGAAGAGGGAAGUUGGAGGGCUUCGGGCACAGCAAGCUGCUGUUGCUUUUUUGAAAUCCAGUGACCAAUGA